AUGGCCUCAAAACCUUCCGCUUUCGAUCUCUCCAAAUGCGCGCGCAAGAACAUCUUAAAACUGCAGCCUUACCGUUGCGCGAGAGAUGACUACAAAGAUGACGGGACAAAUGUUCUACUCGAUGCCAACGAGAACGCCUAUGGUCCUGGUCUGGCCCUUAACCCCGAAGGCGCCCUCCAGGACUCAGCGGCCAAUGGCGGUUCGACGGGGUCUUCGAAGCCUGACAUCGAUCUCUUGGGAUUGAACCGAUAUCCUGAUCCUCACCAACAUCCCCUCAAACAACUCUUUUGCAACCUCCGCAACACCCACACUCACACAGACAAGAACAUCACCCCGGAGAACCUCUUUGUCGGAGUCGGAUCGGACGAAGCCAUCGAUGCCCUCCUCCGCGCCUUCUGCGUCCCCGGAAAGGACAAGAUCCUCACCUGCCCACCUACAUAUGGCAUGUACUCCGUUAGCGCCGACGUCAACGACGUCGAGAUUGUCAAAGUGCCACUAGACACCGAGAAUGGAUUCUCCCUGCAACCUGAAAAGAUCAACGCUGCGCUCUCCGCCGACCCUACGAUUAAGCUCGUCUAUAUUUGCUCCCCUGGAAACCCAACAGCAAACCUAGUUGCCAAGUCCGACAUCCAGAAGGUCCUGGAACACCCAACGUGGAAUGGCGUCGUCGUCGUCGACGAAGCCUACAUCGAUUUUGCCCCCGAGGGCUCCAGUCUCGCAGAAUGGGUAGCCGAAUGGCCCAACCUAGUCGUCAUGCAGACUCUCAGCAAGGCCUUCGGUCUCGCAGGUAUCCGGCUCGGUGUCGCAUUCACAAGCCCGGAAAUCGCAACCCUCCUUAACAGCUUGAAAGCGCCCUACAACAUCUCCAGUCCAACAAGUGCGCUUGCGACUGCAGCCCUUGGGAAUCCCAAGAACUUAGAUGUUAUGCGCGCCUACCGCUCGAACAUCAUCACCCAACGCAACAGACUUAUCAAGGAACUCCCUUCAAUACCUGGUGUCGGGCGCUUCCGCGGCGGCACCGAGUCGAACUUCCUCCUUGUUGAACUCCUCGACAAGCCUGCGGACCAGGGCGGCAAGCCUAGCAACCCCAUUGCGCUGGCGACAUACGAGGCCAUGGCCGAGAAACGUGGUGUUGUGGUGCGGUUCCGCGGUAAGGAGUUAGGGUGUGAAGGAUGUUUGAGAAUCACGGUUGGCACGGAGGAGGAAGUUACGAGGUUCUUGGAGGAAAUUAAGGUUGUCUUAGCCGGGUUGCUUAGCGGAGGCGAGAUUACGUCGCGCAAGUAA